AUGUGGUUAAAAAGCCUUGAUGAAGGUGCUAAAUCAGUUAGAGUAAUCUCAUUUGACUUUAGUAAAGCAUUUGAUAGUGUCCCACACGAUAUAUUGUUUAAUAAAAUCAAGAAAAUACCCAUUAAUCCAUAUAUCAUAAACUGGAUGAUCGACUUUUUGAACAACCGCAGACAGAGAGUGAAAGUUGAUGAUGUCACAACUGAAUUUCUAGACAUUAAUCGUGGCGUACCCCAGGGUACUGUACUUGGGCCUAUAAUGUUUACUAUAAUGGUCAAUGAUAUCAAGGCGGUGAGUCUCUCCAAUGAUUUAUCCAAAUUUGCUGAUGAUAUUGCAAUAAUAGCACCAGUUUAUGAUUACGAAGAUUCAGCUGGGGAUGAAGUAGAAAACAUGAAGCUAUGGUCAAACGAGAAUAGAAUGUCUUUAAACAUGGAGAAAACCUAUGAAAUGAUAGUUCGCGGAAAAGUGUUUACUCCCCUUCCGGAUCACAUCCCAUCCAUAAAACGGAAAGAAUGGCUCAAAUUAUUGGGUGUCACGAUGGAAGACAUACCUGGUAAAUGGGAUAAACAUUUCGAAGAGAUGAUGAAAAAAGCUAGUAGAAGAAUGUAUAUUCUAAGGGUUUGUAAACACUACGGGCUCUCUACACAUCAAUUGGAUCUUCUCUUCAAUAGUAUUAUAGUCUCUCUUUUCACCUUUGCAAUCGAAGUUUGGGGUGGAGCAUCGUACAACAAAUACGUAAGUCAAAUUGAUAUGUUUGUCAAUCGUGCCUAUAGAAAUGGUUAUACAAGCAACAUAUCAGAUUUUAAAGCAACAAUAUCGAACAGAGACAAGAAAUUAUGGUCAAGAAUUAUAAAUGAUGAUAAGAAUGCCUUAUGCAAUCUUUUACCUA